GGUCAGUCUCACCUGUGUGUAGCUUUCCACCACGCUAGUCUACCUAACCAGUCCACUCCAGCGGCCCAUGUUGGACGGAUCGACUGCACGAAUAUCCGCAUGGAUUGCUUUCGCGGACAACGGUUAAAGUUUUAUAGUGCUGAAUGACAUUUCUAACUGUUCAUUGAGAGUACGCGAAUAAUAAAUUUUAAUAAAUUUAAAUUUAGUUCUUCUUGGAUCCACUGAAAACAUUUAUGCAAAGACAUAAAAUUAAGUUACCGUCCGCGCUGUUUAGUGCAUAUUUGUGUAAAUCACUUUUACUCGACGAUUUAAUAGUAUUCAGUUUUAUCUGUGAUUUUACCUAAAUAUUCAUUACAUUGUUCGGAAUCUUUGUUCGAAAUUUCGCUUAAAUACUGAUUAAUUUCAUGUUUACGAAAAAUUUAUUUAAUAAGACAAAUGUGUAAUAUUUUGUGAUAUUUUUAUAAAACAAAAGGAUUCAAAGUCUAUACAUACAAUGGUGAAAUACUUAAUUAAAGAAACAGUGUACGAUUCGCGUAUCAUGAUGUAGAUCAUCUCUCUUGCUUCCUCUUUUCGUCGGACAAUACGCAUCGAAGUUUCUGAAACAGUGGGUGGUCAAUUGAUUCGUCUCGUCGUUACGAGAAUGAUGAUGAUGGACAUGGGCAUGUACGGAACCUACGGCAAACCUGACUCAUACCCUAACUACGUAUUCUCGGGUCAAGGAAAUCAUCACCAUCAUCACCAUCAUCACCACCAAUCUUCGUCCGUCGGCAGUCACGUGUCAGUACCACCUUCCCCGGAGGUAGCUCCAACACAUUACUAUCCCCAGACUGCAGUGGCGCCAUAUUCUUCAUCGUCUUCUGAGAGUUUCCUAACCGCCGAUUCAGGCGCGUCGUCCAGUACGCCGCCUCAAGGCUUCUACUCUCCGACGGGUGCCGUUCUCCACGAGAAUGGCUCCACUACGGCGAUAAUUUCCUCGGAAAACGGUUUGAGCUAUACCAAUCUGGAUUACGCGUCGUCCUCGUCAUAUCCGAAUCAACAGCAACAUGUGGUAGCGCCGGUGGAUCCGCAUCAGAACUAUCACGUUCAACAAACCGCUUACCGAGAAGACCAUCAUCAUCACCAUCACCAUCAUCCAACCACCGGCAACAGCCUCCAUCAAACCACAGUAUCCCAAACUAGUCAUCCAAGAACAGAACAUGAUCAGCAACUUCAUCAUCAGUCCUCUAGUCAUCAUCAUCAUCACCAUCAUCACCACGAUCCUGAGUAUCAGAUAGGAGUUGGCGGUAGCUCAAAUUAUCUUCACCAACUAUCAUCUUCGGACGAAUCCUUACACUACCAGACGCAGAUUCAACAGAGCGAAUUCUCCACGCACCCGCCAGGACAUUACAAGGAAGAGAACACGGAUGCUCCCUAUCACGUUUUGCAGCAGUCCGGUCAUCUCCAGCACCCCCAUCAGCACGGGCAUCAUCAUCAUCAACAGCAUUCACACGCGCAUCAUCCCCAACAGCAGCAGCAACAACAGACUCAAGUGCCCACCUACAAGUGGAUGCAGGUGAAGAGAAACGUACCAAAACCAGUUACAACAAAAACAAACCCUAAUGUCGAGUUUGGUAGCGGUGUAACUGUGGGGACAAGCUCAUCGGUGUACGGAAGCUCUGCCAGCGGAACGGUGAGUUGUAUCGCCGGUUCGUUGGCCGGUAUCGCGGGUAGCUUCAACAAUACCGGACGCACGAACUUCACGAACAAGCAACUCACUGAGCUGGAGAAGGAGUUUCACUUCAACAAGUACCUGACGCGAGCGAGGCGCAUCGAGAUCGCCUCCGCCCUGCAGCUCAACGAAACGCAGGUGAAGAUCUGGUUCCAGAACAGGCGAAUGAAACAGAAAAAGCGAAUGAAGGAAGGUCUGAUACCGGCAGACAGCACGAACGUCACACCUCUGAGCGGCGCGAGAAGCAGCAGCAACUCCCCGACGGGCUCGUCCAGCCAUGAGAUCGGCAACCUCGGUUUGUCCAGCUUUACCAGUGACAACAGCAGGGAAUCACCUCCAUCCUCUAAGGAUUGACGUGAUUUUUGCUAUGAUAAUGAACGAUACUACGGCCUGCGAUUCAACGACGACUGGUAAAGUCCGGGACAUCACAUCGAGGCUGAAGAAGUUUGACAAGGAUCAUGACAAGUCACUGCAGAAUCACAAGCCACUUUCUGAUUCGUCAUUUCGAGCCACAUCGUGAACAUAAUCGUGAACAUAACAUGUAAUACCGCGGAGUUAAGACGAAUGAUAUCAUUAUGUGUCUUGAAAGUAGAGAUAUGUGAUAUAUGUAUAUACGGGAUCUAGCUUCCCGUUUUAAACUUAUAGACGACGAUGUCAAUCGCUCGAGUUCCAUCGUACAACACAGAUGAUCCAUACGAAUUCAAACUUCGGAUAAUUUCAGAAGAUUUAAUACGGUUUCAUAUUAUAGUAUCUCAUUGUACGGGAUAUUGGACGGUCCUGAAUUCCCAUUUUUAUUAAGUAAAUUAGGUAUAAUAAAUUGUAUAUUGAUUUUGCGUCUUAUUUAUUACGUUUAUGUCAGCUUUUAAGUUCGCCACUUUACUUUAUGGAAUUGUAUAAGUUUGAAUUCUCUAAUCCAAAUUUCCAAGGUUACCAUGUACCUCAUUUCAUACAUAGUGAUAUUUAUAGUUGUAAAUUUAAUUGCUAGUGAUUGGAUUUUUAAUUAAUUUCUCUAUUCUAUCGAUUCUAACGUUUUCAUUAUUAAUUACAGUGCCAUUAUAUUCUAAAUCUCCGAACUGGUCUUAAAUAUUAAUGAUAUAUUUUAUCAGAAAUGUACUUAACAUGUAAUUGUUUUAUAGGCCUCGACCAAAUUUUUAUUUAAAUGUAUAUUUGUAAAUGAAUUUCUAAUUUAAGAAUAUGCAAAUCGAAAGAAAAUGAACGUAACAUUAAAUUACAUGUUACAGACUCCGCAUCAAAGACGCGAUGAUAGCAAUUGUUUGAACUUUAUCGCCAAUAAUUUCUUAACUCUUCCAAUAACUUGUAACAAGUAAAUCAUACAUCAAUUUUCAAUAGUGGAAUAAUGAAGAAAUCAUCUUUUAUAUUUUGCUUCCUUUGCAUAUCAAUAUGUAAUAUUUAGAAAAUACACUAUUAAUAAAAACAAUUUAUGGCACACUAUUUAUAACCCGUUAUAUAAUAAAAUUGAAGACACAAAUAUAAAAUACUAAUGAAUAUUAUAUGUUUCUUGCUCUACUGAAAGAAUUAAUUUUAAUUAUAUCAUAACAUGUUCAUAGUCAUAAUAGCAAUGCAAAUAAAUUUCCAAGUUUUGUCGUGCAUCUUAUGAGAUGUUAUAAUCCUUGAAUGUUAAAAUAUCACUGUGGAUAACCAAAAAAGUAUAUAGUUAAUUUAAUUCUUAAAACAAAAAAACGAAAGAUUAUGAUUAAAUAAUCUACCAUUAAUUAUUAUACUGAUUAUUCACACUAUUAGAGACAUUGAUGAAUCCUAAAACUCCAACUCUGAUUGAGCCUGUUCGCAACAUUUAUCUUAAUGCGUCAUAACAAUAGCAAAAUAUCCUUGAUAAUCGUAAAAGUAUUACGAGUAAUCGUCUAAAGGUGAUAAUCUGAUAAUUGUAGAUUCAAUCCUCGCCCAAGAAUGUGCAUGUAUUUAUAUGUAAAUAAUAUUCUACACGAAUCAUGGGCCCAUUAAUCAAUACGCGACAACGCUUAUAUAUACCGAGAAGUUCCAAACCGAGAUAUUAAUAAAUAUGUACUUCAAUCUUUAUCGACAAAUUUAUCGAAGCAAUGGAUGGCAUAAUUGUAACAAAGUUUUUAAGUGGACUGUAAGUUCGCGAUAUAUUCAAAUUAAUUCGCACAUUUAAACGUAAUCAAACAUAUUUAUGACAUGAUUUAAAUGGUGGUUCCCCAUUUCAAUACCUAAAAUCUAAAAUCAUUCCUAUUAUGAUAAAAUGUUAUCUAUAUUACCAUGUAGAGACUUCUGUAGAAAAAAUAAAAUAUUAUUGUAUUA